GGAAGUGUGCGCCUGCAGACCCCAGUGCUCCCCGGGGCGGGCUCUGAUGCUGAGACUCCUCUUCCCGCCACGCCGGACUCUGCACACGCCCAGGGCUCAGCCUGUGCGGCGGCAGGUGCAGGCACUGACUGCGCUUUCUGGCCCGAGCAGGUGCUCCGGAGGCACAUCCUGGGCUCCAUCGUGCAGAGCGAAGGCAGCUACGUGGAGUCUUUGAAGCGGGUACUCCAGGAUUACCGCAACCCCCUGAUGGAGAUGGAGCCCAAGGUGCUGAGCGCCCGCAAGUGCCAGGCGGUGUUCUUCCGUGUGAAGGAGAUCCUGCACUGCCACUCCAUGUUCCAGAUAGCCCUGUCCUCCCGCGUGGCUGAGUGGGAUGCGACCGAGAAGAUCGGGGACCUCUUCGUGGCUUCGUUCUCCAAGUCCAUGGUGCUAGACGUGUACAGCGACUAUGUGAACAACUUCACCAAUGCCAUGUCCAUCAUCAAGAAGGCCUGUCUCACCAAGCCCGCCUUCCUCGAGUUCCUCAAGCGGCGGCAGGUGUGCAGCCCGGACCGCGUCACGCUCUACGGGCUGAUGGUGAAGCCCAUCCAGAGGUUCCCACAGUUCAUCCUCCUGCUUCAGGAUAUGCUGAAGAACACCCCCAGGGGCCACCCGGACAGGCUGUCCCUGCAGCUCGCCCUCACGGAGCUCGAGACACUGGCCGAGAAGCUCAAUGAGCAGAAGCGGCUGGCCGACCAGGUGGCCGAGAUCCAGCAGCUGACCAAGAGCGUCAGCGACCGUAGCAGCCUCAACAAGCUCUUGACCUCGGGUCAGCGGCAGCUGCUCCUGUGUGAGACACUGACAGAGACCGUGUACGGUGACCGCGGGCAGCUGAUCAAGUCCAAGGAGCGCAGGGUCUUCCUGCUCAAUGACAUGCUGGUCUGCGCCAACAUCAAUUUCAAGACUGCCAACCACAGGGGCCAGCUGGAGAUCAGCAGCCUGGUGCCCCUCGGGCCCAAGUACGUGGUGAAGUGGAACACGGCGCUGCCCCAGGUGCAGGUGGUGGAGGUGGGCCAGGAGAGCGGCUCCUACGACAAGGACAACGUGCUCAUCCAGCAUGCUGGCGCCAAGAAGGCUUCCGCCGUGGGCCAGGCCCAGAGUGAGUACCCGCCCCGCUGCUGCCGGAGGGGCACCUGCCCAGGCCUGUGGUCCUUGUCUGGGAACCCCAGACCGAUGGGCCACCUGGCCAAGAGGCUCUGGCUG